CUUUUCCUUAUCAAUACGAUUGUGACCUGAUGUAGAUGGAAUGAUAUCUUCAUGAUAAUCAUAAUUCUUGACCUGAGAGUUGCUGGUAUCAUCAUCUUCGGAAUUAGAGGUAUCAUUAUGUUCAUCGAUAUCAGAAUUACGUACAUUAUUAUUAUGAAUUGUGUCAAUCGACUCAUCUACUAUUUCUAUUUUAUCAUUACCAAAGGAAUAUCCAUUGUUCAUCAUAUCUCUUACUUUAUUUGCAAAUAAAUUUUUUUCUACACCGGAACGUGGAACUUGUAAAGAAGAAUCUA